UUUUUUAUUCUCAUUCUAUUUAGAGCCUCUCUGAGAGGAUCAAAAAAAUUGCAUUCGCUGGCAAAUAACAUUAAAAGUAAAAGUGCGGCGAUAAACGGUGCUUUAACUGAGGAAAGGAUUCCAGCUUAUUCCAACCAGUGCUAUAUGAUUAGUGAUAUAUCAUUCCGAGAAAAUCUCUCUGAAUAUCAAGGAUUGGACCAGGUUAUUGACUCGGCCUAUAGAGUUGCCGAUCAUCUAGAAAAAAAUGAGGGUCGAGAAGAGGAAUCAAAGCUCAUUCGAGAAUAUUUUAAAAAGGAACCAAUACAACAAGCAAUUGAAGCAACUGCAAUAAGUCGAUCUACCAAAGUAUUGAAACUUAUUUUCUUAUUGACUUUUAAAGUAAGAGUAUUUCGCUGUCAAAUCAGUUCUCAUAAGAUCUCAUCAACUCCUUCGCCGGACUACGAUACAGGCGCAACUGUGCGUAAUGAUGGAGAUCGCGUAGUCAUUGGACGUGUGGUGAAAGGUGGCCUUGCGGAGAGGUCACAGUUAUUUCAUGAUGGUGAUGAGCUGCUUGAAGUUAAUGGUUAUGACUUGAGAGGAAGAAAUGUAACCGAAGUCUGCGAUAUACUUCGUUCGAUGUUGGGCGAAAUUUCUUUGGUAGUUGUUCCUUCCAACAAAUCUGAAUCCCAAAUGUCCGAAAAGCAAUCGACAUCUACGAAACAUUUAAGGGCGUUGUUUGACUAUGAUCCCGAGGAUGAUAUGUAUGUGCCUUGUAGAGAGCUUGCUUUAAAAUUUCAACGUGGUGAUAUCCUCCAUGUUAUAAACACUUCGGACGAAAAUUGGUGGCAAGCGUAUCGAGAUGGAGAUGACCCUUCUAGUUCUCUAGCGGGCCUUAUUCCUUCAAUGAGCUUUCAACAACAAGUUGUGAUGCAUAACCGUAAACUUGAGCAAGAAAAUGAAACAGAUGUUGAGAAGCGGAAAGAUUUCUUCGGAUGUGCUCGAAAACGAUCAGUUAAAAUCUCAAAAUCUCAAAAAGCAACUAUGGAUUUGAAGCCGGCUGAUGAAAUUCUCACGUACGAAGAUGUAUCUCUAUUUUUAUCAAAAACAGGCAAAAAGAGGCCUAUCGUUUUGUGUGGUCCUGAGGGAGUUGGGUGUUUAGAAUUGAGGCAGCGGUUGGCCGAAACCGAUAAAAUAUUGGUUUCAGAUACGACGAGGCCCAAGAAAAAUGAAGAAAUUGAUGGAGUACAUUUUCAUUUUGUUACGAAGCAAAAAUUUCAAGAUGACGCAAGAGGUGGAAAAUUUAUUGAGUAUGGUGAAUAUCAAAAGUACUUAUAUGGCACAUCAAUAGCCGCAAUCAAAGCUGUCGUCGAUCGAGCCAAAAUUUGUGUGCUUACCUUAAAAUCUGAAAAUUUAAGAGCAUUACGCAAAACGACUUUAAUGCCUUAUGUCAUCUUUAUUGCACCCCCUUCAUUGCAACAAUUGCGACAUCAAAAAGAAUCGAUUGGUCAGCAUAACAUAAAGGAUGAUCAACUCAAACUGAUCCUUAAUGAAGGGAAAAUGAUUGAGCAGCAAUAUGGUCAUUUAUUCGAUAAAAUAAUAGUUAACGUCGAUCUGGAUCGUUCGUUAAAUGAAUUGAAAGAAUUGGUGCAAAGGUUGGAGACAGAACCACAAUGGGUUCCCUCAUUUUGGCUUAAUAACAGUAAUUUAAUCUCCAAUGAUUUUAUUAAUUAG